AUGUUUUACUCGCAGUUCAUCUUGGCCAAGAAGGGCCCCCUCGGGACCAUAUGGAUUGCCGCGCACUUGGAGCGGAAGCUGCGCAAGAACCAGGUCGCGGACACGGACAUCGGCGUCUCAGUAGAUUCCAUCAUAUUCCCUGACGUUCCAAUCGCACUUCGGUUAUCAAGUCAUCUUAUGUUAGGCGUUGUCAGAAUCUAUUCUCGGAAGGUCAACUACCUAUUCCAUGACUGCAGCGAAGCUUUGCUGAAGAUAAAACAAGCUUUCAGGUCCACUGCUGUUGAUCUACCUCCUGAGGAGUCAACUGCUCCGUAUCACUCUAUAACUCUGCCUGAGACAUUUGAUCUUGAUGAUUUUGAACUGCCAGAAGCUGCGUUUCAAGGCGACACUGAUCAUCAUGUGAGCACAAAAGAACAGAUCACUUUGCAAGACAACCCAGAAAAAACAGGGUAUUCAACAUCCCAGUUUGGCCUAGAUGAAAGAUUUGGUGAUGGUAGUUCAUCUCAUAUUGGCUUGGACUUGGAGGAGGAAUUAAUUCUGAACAAGGACCACUCAAUUCAUCUUGAGUCUGAUGAUGGCAUUAUUAUUCAAGGUCGGCUGUCAGUCCCUUCUACUGAUGUGGACAUUGAUGAUGACAAAAGUACAGACAUAACAGCUGAAGGAUACAGCAACAUGGACGGUGGGCCUUCUAGUCAUGGAAAGCUAGGUCCACUGAAUGCAGAUGGCCUAGGAGGAAACAGUAUCCCUAACUGGACUGGUUACAAUGUACAGACUCCUUACAAUGUACAGACUCCUGAUUUGAAUGAUAUAUUAUUGCAUAAUGAGGGUAUUGCAGGGCCAUCAGCUUUGUACUAUCAACCUAGCCCAUUUACUUGUGAUGAACCUGCAUCACCAGAGUUCAUUAGCGCUCAGGCCCCAGCUACACCUGGUUUAAUGGAAGAGACAGUUCCUUCCAGAGUCCAUGAAAGUCCUGUUCUGAGCCCACAGAGAAAAGCAUCACCAUCUACCAAUGAUGAAACUGCAAAGGCUGACACUCCUGCUCCAGCCUAUCUCCAUUCAGCUACAGGAAAUGCCAGUGAUGUUGUGGGUGCUGAGAUGACAGAACUUGAAUUGGCGAAGCCUGUGCAAGUUGAGUCUUCUGUUGUGCAGGACACACAUGCAUUGGUGCAACAGCACACAAGUGAGGGUUUACCAUCCCAGGAUCAAGCAUCACACUUGGAAGCUACUGCUGAUGAGCUGGUUGGUUCUGAUGGUAUAGCUGCAUCUGUUGAAACGGUAACUGUCAAUGCAACCAUUGAAGAUGUACCUUUGGCUGUAAAUGAUUCAGAGCGAUGUGUCGAUGGUUCUACUGAACCAUCUGUGGUGGAGAACCCAGUACAGAUUAAUGGGCCAUUAGUUGAUGCACAAGGUACAAUUGCACCAAGUGCAAAUUUUCAACAUGAAGCCCAAGCAAUGCAACAAGUAGUGGCAUCUAAUGAUAGACUGAAUGAACUAUCAACUUCAGAAUUUGCUGAGCCUGAGAAAAUGCUGUCUGCUCCGGAUGCGGAAUUCAAUCAUGCAAUUGACAUGGGGCAGACAACUGCGGAAAAAGGAACAGCUGAAUCUGAUGGAAGUAACAUAAUAGGCAGCCUUACGAGCAGAAAAAGACACCUGGAAGAUAGCUUACCAGCUUUAGAGAGUGAGACCACUGAAAGGUUGUCUAGCCGACCACAUGGUAAAAGAACCAAUGAUUUUGUUCCUCAUGAUGAUGAUAUACUGGCAUCUAUUUUAGUCGGUAGAGGGACCCCUGGGUUCACACUUGAUUCAACACCACUACCACCGAGGGAAUCAUCUCUGAAACGCCCGAGGUUGGGGUCGAAGAUGGGUACACUCAAGAGAAAAGUGCAAAUAGAUGAUGCCAUGGUCCUGCAUGCUGAUACUAUACGGCAACAGUUGAUCAAUACCGAGGAUAUACGGCGCAUUCGUAAAAAGGCUCCAUGCACUCGUUCCGAAAUAUGGAUGAUUGAGAAAGGUUCACUGGAAGAUGAUAUAUUCCACGAGCCCAUCUUUUCCUGUCUAUCUGAGGAGCUAAACGAAUUACACAAUCGGACAUAUGAGGCUAUUGUACGCCCUGCUGUUCAGAGCAUGGAACUACAAGGUCAAUUCGACAUGCCUGAAACCAUUCCAGAAGAUAGCAAUAUUGCUGGGUUUGGUGCUGCUACAAUUAAUGACCCACUUCACAUACCAGAUGGGAUUCAAUCAGAUGCCUUGCUGUCAGGUGCAAAUGAUGCAUGUGGCACUACACCUGCUUUUGGUUUGCAAAUUCCUCCUGACAACCAGGUUAACGGUGCAUCUAAUGAUUUUGUUAUCGGCACUCUGUUUCAAGGGGUGACUGAACCUUUUAUUGAUAAUGAGAAAGAAGUGGCACUUGCUGACAGAGAGCAUGCUCAAGUAGAUACACUGUAUAGUGACCAUCUUCAAGAUGUUCCAUCUUAUUUGCAGAGGAGUACUGAUGCAAACGUUUCUAGUCAAGAUGUGGCUCUAGAUAACUCUGGCCAAGCUUGUGUUCACGCAGGGGACGACAUGACAGGGGAGUUCAAUCAUUUUGUUCAUAGCAAUGCUAAUAUUUUUGAGAGUAAUGAGGUCCCUGCUUCUGAGAUUACUGAGGUGGAAUAUAAUCAAGAUGCCUCUGGUUUUCCUCGACCAACAGCGGAUGAAAAUGCGGUGGGAUAUAAUCAAGAUGCCUCUGGUUUUCCUCGACCAAUGGAAAAUGAAAAUGCGAUGGAAUAUAAUCAAGAUUCCUCUGGUUUUCCUCGACCAACGGAGGAUGAAAAUGCUGUGUCUGCUAUGGGAGAUAAUUCUGGCUUCCAAGAAAACAACAUGGGUUCUCUUAUGGAUCUGGAUAUGGUGAAUGACUAUGAACUGAAGGAAUGCAAUGAUUUUGGGAGUGCAAUUCAUGGUGUUGAUACAGAUUUUCUGAACUAUGAUGAUGAUGGGGACUUCGACGACGCCAAUGAUGACGAGCCAAACCCUAGUGAAUUUCAGUCUCUUGACAACAGUGGUUGGUCUUCUCGCACCAGGGGUGUUGCAAGAUAUCUCAAGACUUUAUUCGAUGAAGACUCUGGUCUGGGGAGGAAGAGUGUCGCCAUUGAUCAUCUGGUGCGCGGGAAGACACGGAAGGAAGCAUCGAGAAUGUUCUUUGAGACCUUGGUGCUGACAACAAAGGACUACAUCAGCGUGGAUCAACCAAACCCCUACGAUUAUGUGAGCAUAAAGCCAGGUCCAAAGCUGCUGAUGUCAGAAUUCUAG